AUGUCAUUACAUCUGCUUGGAACUGACCGGUACACAAAGCCAGCUGACAUCCAGGUAACUGACCGGUACACAAAGCGAGCUGACCUCCAGGUAACUGACCGGUACACAAAGCCAGCUGACCGCCAGGCAACUGACCGGUACACAAAGCCAGCUGACCGCCAGGCAACUGACCGGUACACAAAGCCAGCUGACCACCAGGCAACUGACCGGUACACAAAGCCAGCUGACAGCCAGGCAACAAGACGGAUGAUAACGCCAGGGUUCACCAUGCUCGCGUUGUCCUUGACCAUCUCCGGCAGCACCAAAUCCACUUCCAUGGCCAGCGAUGUCCCCCGAUUCCCCAUGGCCAGCGAUGCCCACCGAUUCCCCAUGUCCUGCGAUGUCCCCCGAUUCCCCAUGGCUAGCGAUGUCCCCCAAUUCCCCAUGGCCAGCCAUGUCCCCCGAUUCCCCGUGGCCAGCAAUGUCCCCCGAUUACCCGUGGCCAGCAAUGUGCCCCGAUUCCCCAUGGCCAGCGAUGUCCCCCGAUUCCCCUUGGCCAGCGAUGUCCCCCGAUUCCCAAUGGCCAGCCAUGUCCCCCGAUUCCCCAUGGUCAGCGAUGUCCCCCGAUUCCCCAGGGCAAGCGAUGUCCCCCGAUUCCCCAUGGCCAUCAAUGUCCCCCGAUUCCCCGUUGCCAGCGAUGUCCCCUGA